AUCCAAACACGCACCCUCCGUGCGCUCCGGCCCACACGGCCACACACACAUCGACGGAUCCCACGCGUGGCGCCCUUCUCUUCCACUUCCACGACACGCGACCGCAACCCCGCAGCCGCGCGCACGAGCCCACGUCUCUCCCGACCCCGCACGAGGAGACCCUCUAGCGCGCCGCAGCCCCCAUGGAGAUCUCCGCCUCCGCCGCGGCUGCCGCCUUCAAACCGCUGCUCCUCCGCCCGCUCGCAUCCUCCUCGCCCCACCCCGCCGCCACCUCCUCCUCCACCACCGUCCGCCGCCGCCCGCCGACCUCCUCGGCCACCACCACGGUCCGCCGUCGCGCGCGCACCCGCCCCCGCACAGGCCGCUCCAAGCCCCCCGCCGACGCCGGCGGCGACUACUUCUCCGGUGACGACGGCGGCUCCGGCUUCGGGGGAUCAGGCGGCGGAGGGCGGUGGAGCUGGAUCAGCGGGUUCGGGUCCGGAUCGGGGGGCCCCGGCGACUGGGAGCCCGACGUGCCCGCCCCCCGGAGGUCCGCGGCAGAGGCUGCGCUCGGGGUCGUCUAUGAGCUCAUGUGCCUCAUCGCGCUCUCCAACUGCACCCAGUUCGCCGUCCGCAGGCUUGCGGGCCUCCUUGCAGCGCGCGUCGCCGCCCUGCGAUUCGUCCCCACCGUCUGCUGAUCGUCCGUGGGGUUUGGUUUGCUCCCUCCUCCCGCCCGCCCGUCUACCUGAAAUCGGCUUCGGCUUCUGUAUAUAUGUCUGUCUGCGCCUGUGAUUUUAGUGGGUUGGGACCUCUCUCUCCUGUUCCUUGGUGCGCGCUUCCAGCGAUGAUGCCUGGAACGGCAACAGAAUUCGUCGAAUUGAAAUGGAAGAACAAAUAAAUAAGAACUUCUUUAUAUUAUUUUUCUCCUUUUGUAUUGGACUCAAGAUUGAUUGCUUGAUGCAAAUCAUGUUAGGAUGCAGCAUGAUGCAAUCGGCCGCUUGUGUAUAUUAGUUUCUUGUAAGUCUAAUUUGGGCUACUACUGCCUGAAAUGAUGCGUAUAGAAAUUCUCAGCAAUCAAAUGGUAAUUUAGUUGAUAAGCUAGAUGACUAUUUUCUUAGCAAUUCUCACCUCCAAUACUAUUAUGAGCCAUAAUUGCUAUUCAUUUGCAACUUGUUCA